AUGAGCACACAUAUAUCAGCUAAUCCACGUCAGCAGAUGGUCGAUGGGUCUGCAGAUGGGAUCCAUGGACAAAGAGCGCGGCGAACGCGUCGGGCGCCACUGGCAUGCCAGCAUUGUCGACGUAGGAAGGUCCGUUGUAACCUGGCGAUAGAAGGGCCACCAUGUGUCAACUGCCGCCUGGACGGCUGGAGCUGCGUUCUCCCUCCAAGAAAACUGCCUCGCUGCCUUGCACCAAAGCGAAAGGGUGACGACGAUCACCCGCCGGAGAGUAGGGGUGAAGAUUGUCCCCAGGAUCCAAACGACGCUAAGGAACAGAGGGAGAAUAAUAACGCAGCUUGCCUGAAGCCGGCGCACCGUCAAAUAAAAAAUUCCGGUGCCAGAGCUUCAAUAUCUUCGACGUUGGUCCCUUUCGCAUACUACCCCUACCUAAAUGUCCCCAAUCUCGAUCGUCUACCAGCAUCAGAUAUUGCCUACCUGGAUUCCCAGAAGUGUUUCAGUGUGCCGUCGGGUGAAUUUCUCGAGACCCUUAUUUCGCACUACUUUCUUUAUGUGCAUCCAUGCUUACCCGUUAUCAAUGAGGCCGAAUUCUGGCCUGUAUUUCGACAGCGAGAACGAGGCAAGACCUUUUCCUUGCUCCUCUUCCAGACGAUGUUAUUUGUCGCAACCAGCUAUCUCCCUGUGGAGUACGUGAAAAGAAGCGGUGCACAAUCAAUAAUUGCUCUCCGAGAUACUUUCUACAAGCGCGCCAAGGUACCAGCACCCACUUUGAUUUAUGAUUUCAGCCUCGAGGAUGAUCAGCUUCGCCUUUGUCAAGCUGCAAUUCUGCUCACGUACCGGUGCUCUAGCAUAGAUCAACUCAGCAACACGACGUGGCUAGCGCUUGGAAUCCAGCACGCGCGUGCAGUGAAGGCCCAUGUCUAUCAUCGUUACCCUGAUAAUGAGAGAGCUACCCGUGUUACGCUUAAACGUCUUUGGUGGUGCUUAAUCAUUCGUGAUAGGCUGCUCUCUUUAGGAGUGCGGCGGGCUGUACAAAUCCUCCCAGAUCACUUUGACGUCGCGUCGCAUUCCCCCCUCACGUGCGAAGACCUGGAAGAUGAGGUCCAUGCCUCGGAGGUCUACGACGCUACAACGAAGAAAAGGCUGCUUGACAUACUCACCAGCCAGUGCCACUUGGCUGUAGCGAUGACGUUGCUCCUCAUGACGGUCUAUCCUCCAGGUGGCCCCCUAACCUUUGGAGAAGACUCAACCCUAAUCUUGGCUCGAACGGAUGACCUCAAGGAGCGUCUUCAAUUCUGGGAAUCAAACCACAUGAUUCAGGUCUCGCCAUCAGAUUGCCAGUGGCACCGAUCCGUUGCCUUCUAUUGUCAGUUGAUAUCUUUAUACUACCAGUCCGCUCGGCUAGUACUCUAUCAUUACAUAUCCUUUUGCCUCUCUGUUCAAAAUGACCGGGAGUCUACUGCUCAUGAUCUUGAAUCCCAGGAGCUGCACUUAAUGGAUGCUCUCACAACAAUGAAUCAGAGAGUCAAAAGAUUUGUGAUCGACGGCACCGCAGGUCAGCUGCCAAUCGGCGUUGUCGCAUACACCGUUGCGCCUCAAAUACUGCUAAAUAUCAAUCUUCGACUGAGUCGGAACGAUAUAGACCGACACCGCCAAGAGCAUCUUCUUCGAUUUUACACUGAGAUUUCCCGUCUGUACUCAAUACGUUACGAUGUGGCCUAUAUUUCGUCCUGGAUUCGACAUAUAGUACAGCUGUUCGAUUUGUCCGUAUCCCGCUGCGGCCUUGGCCCCGCGAGACAGCAAAGCCAGCUUUCCGAUGAACCAUCUCAAACACCUGUGGCUACCACCAAUCGAUACUCUAAGGGAGGGUUGUCUGAGCUCCUUAGAACCAAACCAUCCGUCUAUUUUGAGCUUGUUGCUGUUGUGGAUUAUUCUAUGUCGACCGGCCGCGGCGCCCUAGAAGCCCCUAGUUCCUUUACCAUCCUGCCGUCGUUCCUCCGAUAUAAGGAUCCUAACCCACCGAUAUCGUCCCCUAUCGAAGAUUCGAGUACCCAUGAACCGGCAGAUGAUGAGCCUCUAUCGUGUUCAGAAAUGGCAAAUUUGCAGGGGGUUAUAUCUGGAGAGUGCGACUUCUUCCCAUUAGAUGGAAUGUGCCCAGCUCGAGCCUCGACUGCGAGUCCUGCAAUGAUGCCUUCCGAUAAUGAGGGUAUACAGAUGAACAACACUCCAUUCGUUCAUGAAAGCUCGUCGUUUGCCGACAAUAUUUGGCGCGAUCUGGGCUUAUGUGGGGAGUAA